AUGGCAGAGACAAGACCCAGAAAAGCUUUGAUCAUAGGUGCAGGACCUGUCGGUGCCCUCACCGCAUUGAGCUUACAUCGUAGAGGAUGGGAAGUGGAAGUAUGGGAAUCGCGUGAUGAUCCAAGAGGGAAAGAUGCUGCUCCUAGCAAUCUACGAUCGAUCAAUUUGGCCAUCUCUUCCAGGGGUCUAGAAGCUCUGAGAAGUGUUGAUCCGUCGUUAGCCGAGCAAUUUCAGAACGAAGCUAUACCGAUGAAAGGCCGUAUGAUCCAUCAUGUAGAUGGUAAACAAGAAUCGCAGACAUACGAUCCGAUAAAUGGACAGUGUAUCAACUCGAUCGGUCGACCCUUACUUAAUCAACGAUUAGUAGAAUCCCUACCUGCUCAAAUAAAAAUCCGAUUCCAAACUAAACUAUCUCAAGUGGACCUGAAUAAUCGAAUUGCUUUUGGUUCUGGUGCAGAGAAGGAGAAAAAGGAUGUUGUGACCGGUGAAGAGCAUGAUGAUGGACGGAUCGCAGGAGGGAAUAGCGAAAAGGGAAAGACAAAAUCGAAAGAAGAUGAACGUGGGACAAAAUUCGAUUUAAUCGUUGGAUGUGAUGGGAGUUGGUCGAAAGUCAGAACAUCGAUGAUGAGGAUGGAUAGGAUCGACUUUUCACAGUCUUUCAUACCCCAUGCUUAUAUCGAGCUUCACAUGCCUGCUGACCCAUCCAAACCUGGCGGAUAUGCUAUUGACAAAAAUCACUUACAUAUCUGGCCAAGGCAUUCGUUCAUGUUGAUCGGUUUACCCAAUAAGGACGGUUCUUUUACUCUCACUCUCUUCAUCCCCUUCUCAUCCCUUUCAACCCUCAACUGCAGAGAAGCAGCCAGUCGAUUCUUCAUCGAACAUUUCCCUUCAGCGGUACAGAUCGUAGGAGAGAAGAAGUUAUUGGAUGAUUUCAUGAAUAAUCCCAGAGGUAAUUUGGUCACGAUCAAUUGCACCCCUUCGGCAUGGUCAUCUCAUGCGUUAUUACUAGGCGAUGCUUCUCACAGUAUGGUACCAUUCUACGGUCAAGGUCUGAAUUGCGGCCUUGAGGAUGUCAGAGUACUCAAUUCCGUAUUGGAGAAACACAAGAUAUCAUCCGCGACCUCCCUAGAAUUGGGGGAAACAGACAAAGAUCUUGAAUUGGCACUCAAAGCUUACUCGGUGGAGAGACAGGCGGAUCUGAGAGCUAUUUGUGAAUUGGCAUUGCAAAAUUACACCGAAAUGCGUUCCCAUGUGUUAUCUCCCUUACAUCACAUCCGACGAUUCCUAGAUUCUUUCCUCACCCGUAUAAUCCCCUCGAGAUCCAAGGAAUUACAUUUAUCGCUGACCGACCCGUUCCCCACGACGAAAGUAAGAGGUUGGACGAGCUUGUAUGAGAUGGUCACUUUCCGACCGGACGUGCCUUACUCCGAAGCAUUGAGGAAGGAAAGACAACAGAAGGAGAUUAUGCGUUGGACUGGAUAUGUCUCGGGGCUGGCGGGGCUUGGUGGUGUAGGAUUGGUGGGAUUGAAAUUGGCGAGGAAGUGGCUGGAUAAGAAGUAA